CUCUCUCCGCCACUCCACCUUCGGCUUCCACUAUAAAUACUCCAAAUAACCCAACAUCCAUAACCAUCAACUAUCCCCUGCUUUCAAACUCUCAAAGACAUUUCUUUCCCAAUUCCUCUCAGUUCCCUAAUCUGUUCUCUUUUCCAUCUAAUUCAAUCACUUUCAGAGACGAAAUAUUCUCACAUUUCUUAGCGACGAAUCCGAAAAAUGGAAAUGGAGUUCAUCAGCGCACUGCCGGAAGACUGUCUCUCCUCAAUCCUCUGCUUCACUUCCCCACACGACGCCUGCCGAUUGUCGGCGGUGUCCGCCGAUUUUCAUUCUGUCGCAGACUCCGACACCGUCUGGGAGAAUUUCCUCCCGUCCGAUUACCGACGCAUUGUCGCCGAUUCCGUUCCUGCCCUCCAAUUCUCCUCCAAGAAGGAGCUCUACCGCAAGCUCUGCGACUCUGUUCUAGUCGACAGCGGCCGAAAGAGGUUGAAGCUGGAGAAAUUGUCCGGGAAGAAAUGUUACGAAUUGUCGGCGAGAGAUCUUUCCAUCACUUGGGGCAGUGAAUCAAUGUACUGGGCUUGGACUUCGCUUCCCGAAUCAAGAUUCUCGGAAGUCGCAGUGCUGCGGACAAUGUCGUGGCUCGAGAUCCAAGGAAAAAUCGACACGGAAAUGCUAACACCCAACACCAAAUACGGAGCCUACCUCGUACUGAAAAUAUCCGACCGAGCUUUUGGCCUCGAUCUGAUGCCAUCGGAAGUAUCGGUCCAGGUGGGUGACAACGAAGCGUGUCGAAACACGGCGUACAUCCGGCGCCGGGAAAAUAGCCACGUGGAGGUGAUACAGAGGAUGAUGUACGGGAACAGGACUGAAUUGCUGAAAUCGAUGGUGGUCGGCGGCGGGGGAGAAGGGAGGUUGCCGGCGGAGAGGGAAGACGGUUGGUUGGAUAUUAAGAUUGGGGAGUUCUUUAGCGGCGAAAAGAGUAUGGAAGUGAAGAUGGGCUUGAAGGAAGUGAUGGGCCACCAUUUGAAAGGUGGGCUUAUUGUCCAUGGAAUUGAAAUUAGGCCCGAAAACUGAAGAAGAAGAAAAAACGAAACAAUCGUAUUUUUUUUAUUAAUUCGUUUAAUCUUUUUUCUUUUACUAUUUGUGAUUCUAAAGAACGAAAUGUUAUAGAGUUGUAGAUAAAUAUUAUCAUACAUACGCUUAUAAAAAAAAUAUUAUCAUGCAUACUAAUAAAAAAUUAUUGCAACAACUAAAAUAAGGACUAGUAAAAA